ACCAGUAGCUCUAUUAGAUGCCCACCGCGUUGCUUGGAAUCGCGCGUCUUGCGUCGUUGUGGUGCAACAGGGCAACCUUGGAGCAAAGAUGAUGAAAUCCAGAGACAACGUUUGCUGGUUUAUAAAGGCGCGCGCUUCUCCUGCUGGUAAGCAUUAGCGAGGCCGAUCAGAGGAUUCCCCGAUCAUGGAGUAGCAUUAGAGAGCCAGAACAGGCUGUAGUAGCCAUGGAAGCUUACCGCUUCAUUCUCGACAGAAGGAAACAAACUAUGAAUUGAACAAAGAAACUGAUACUCCCAAAGAGUCUUUCAGCCAAGGAACUUCAGGUUCUGAACAACACCAGCAGCAAGUGCUCGCUUUUUAUCCCACCUCAGGCUCUUUACAGCAGUAAGUCUGCCUAGAAGAACAGCUCAAGCAAGACAAGAGAGGAAGAAGACUGUAGUAGUCUCUCUGGUGGAAAGACAGACAGAGGGAGAGAGAGAGAUGGCAGGGUUGGUUGCAGUGGAUGAGGUGGAGAUGAAGGAGGAGGAGGCUGGGGGAGGGAGUGUUGGUGGGUCUCCCGGGAAACCAGUGGAGGGAGACGGGAGGGAGAUGACAGCUGGGAAGGUGGAGGAGAGCGGACACCGCUGCCAUGUGUCUCCAGGCAGGAAUGGUCUCCAGAGAGACCUGAAGCACCAGAUGACGAGUCCUGAUGCAGACACGUUUGAGAGUCUCCAGAGGCAGCUGGUGUCUCGACUGGAAGAGGGUCAGGGAGAGACCAUCUAUGAGGUCGGCGCCGGAGGAGCAAUGAGUGGUCUGAACGAGGAGGAUCUCAGGGCCUCUCUGGCCACCAUGCAGGCCCUGGCCAGUGCCUGCGGAGCCGACAUGUCUGUUCUGAGAGAGAGACAGGCCGAGGAGGGACACACUGCCGACUGCCUCGUGCGGAGGAGAGUCGAGGAGGACGACUUCAUGGAAGUCAGGGUUGCAGUUGUGGGGAACGUGGACGCCGGUAAGAGCACCCUCCUCGGUGUUCUGACUCACGGAGAGCUGGACAACGGCCGAGGGACGGCGCGACAGAAGCUGUUCCGACACAAGCACGAGAUGGAGAGCGGGCGAACGUCCAGUGUCGGAAACGACAUCCUGGGAUUCAAUCAGGAGGGACACGUGGUCAACAGAACCGACGGUCACGGGUCGCUGGACUGGGUGCACAUCUGCCGAUCUGCCUCGAAGGUGGUGACCUUCAUCGACCUCGCCGGUCACGAGAAAUACCUCAAGACGACCAUAUUUGGGAUGACCGGCCACGCCCCCGACUUCUGUAUGCUGAUGGUCGGGUCAAAUGCUGGGAUUAUCGGAAUGACUAAAGAGCACCUGGGUCUAGCUCUGGCACUGAGUGUCCCGGUGUUUGUGGUGGUGACCAAGAUCGACAUGUGUCCGGUCAACGUCCUACAGGACACCCUCAAACUCCUGAAUCGCGUCCUGAAAUCUCCCGGUUGCCGCAAGAUCCCCGUCAUGGUCCAGUCUCACGAUGACGUCAUCACUUCUGCUGUCAACUUCACCUCUGAGAGGAUCUGUCCGAUAUUCCAGGUGUCCAACGUGACAGGGAAGAACCUUGACCUCCUCCGUUCCUUCCUCAACCUGCUCUCCGCCCGCAUGCACACCAACGAAGACAAACCGGCAGAGUUCCAGAUCGACGAAACUUACUCCGUCCCUGGAGUGGGUACGGUGGUGUCGGGGACGUGCCUGCAGGGAGUGGUCCGAAUGAAUGACACCCUCCUCCUCGGCCCCACCUCUCUGGGGGAGUUCGUCCCCGUGUCCGUGAGAGGCAUACACAGGAAGAGGAUGCCCGUGAAGGAGGUCCGGGGAGGACAGACUGCUUCAUUUGCCCUCAAGAAGAUGCGGAGGAACCAGAUACGGAAGGGGAUGGUGAUGCUGGCCACCAGUGAGACACCCGUGGCGUGCUGGGAGUUUGAAGGGGACAUUCUCGUCCUCCACCACCCCACCACCAUAUCCACCAAGUACCAGGCCAUGGUCCACUGUGGAAGCUCCAAGCAGACGGCCUCCAUUAUCUCUAUGAACAAGGAACACCUGCGUACCGGCGACAAGGCCAAGUGUCUCUUCAGAUUCAUAAAGAACCCCGAGUACCUGCGGCCGGGAACCAGAAUGGUCUUCAGAGAGGGUCGGACCAAAGCCGUGGGCAACGUCACAAAGAUAUUCCCUCACGUCCCCGGCGCGUUUCCGCACGGGAGCAAGCCAAAGAUGGCGGCAGUCCAACACAGUCACCCCCCACUGGGGGGCGGGGGUCACGGGAGGGGGAAGGGGAGG